GACCCAUGGGCGCCCUCAUCCUAUCUUUACAGCAGCUGGGAUGGAAGCCACACCACCCUGAUGAAUGGGAAGAUCCAAGAGGCAAUUUGUGGAAGUUCCGAGAUGACCAGGCCCUGGACUUUAAGGGUAUCAUGCGUACCAUUGCAGCGGACAUGGAGGCGCAGAUAUGGAACAAGGCCGCCGACCACUACUACGGCAAGGGCAUGCAGCACGGCAUGGACACCACUAUGCUCAAGCGCACAUUACAGAAGUUACGCAAAGCUGAUCGCAUACAAGAGGCUGGAGCGCUUGAAGCAUUGGCAUGUGGAGCAAUAUGGACGGGGCAGCGGUGCAAAGAUGCUGGCUACAAAACUGACGGCAAGUGCCCAGGAUGUUCCAAAGCGGCUGACACGAUCAAGUACAGGAUCUACGAGUGCGAAAUGAAUGACAACUUGAACAUAGAGGCCGUUGUCAAGUCACAGUCGCUGUGCAAGCGUGCACUAGAAGAAAUGUAUAACGACCCUGACACAGAGGCACAAGCAAUGACAAGCGCCUCAACAGAGUGGGAUGGGGACUUACACUUCAGCUACGACAGGGACCGCCAGAACAUAGACCAGGACAAGAGCGACUGCGGUCGCACGGAAAUGGGAGGCCAAAUGAAGCAAGUACCGACCGACGAGACCACGGAGCAGCUGCACAAGGAUGUGAUGAAUGACCUUGGAGUCUGGGCAGCGACUUGGACAGUAUUCAUUGAUGACGACGAAGUUCGCAACCACGACAACUGGAAACUAUGGUGCGAACCGUACAUGAAGCUGUUCCUACGCCAACCAGAACAAGCGUGCCUCUUGCAGUUUCUCAAAGCACGGUACCAGACCCGCAGCAGCAGCCAGCUCGCCAAAGAUCUAUGUGACAUCAGAUGGCGCACCUCCAAGAGGCGGCGCAAGGAUGUAUAUGACUACUACCUCACGCUCAAAGGAUGGGAAAAACAAGCUUACGUCCAACACUGGUUUGACAGCGUCGCUGAAAUCGAAGAGAAGUUUAGACAGCUCCUACGCGACCAGGCACCCACCCUCGAAGAUGAGUUUCCUGAGUAUCAUGAGGAUAGCGAUACGGCAAUGGACAUGACGAGCCCAAGCUAUGUCACGCACGUCCUCAAUGUGAACAAUCAGAUCGACAUCAGCAACGGCGUCAUUGCAGAUACCCACCAUAUUGGUUUCUAUGGCACGGUGGAUGGAGAACAGAGUGUACCUGCAGCAGAACACGCGGGAUUGUUUUGGGCAUUGGCGCUGACGAAAGGGCCGAUUACCAUCUACACUGACUGCCAGCAAGCCAUGAACGAUAUACGUGGGGAGGUCAAGCAGCUUACUGAAGUGGAGACAUUGUUGAUGCGUGUCCAGCGUCGUGCGGCCGCCAUCAUCUUCGACAUGUGCAAGGACGCGGACCCAACCAAGCUGGACAGGCUGGCCAGAACUGGCCAGAUGGCACGGUGCCGCCCAACGGCGACAAGCCACCACGAGUCGCAGCUGGGCGUCGACAACGUGUGGCUGCAGAGCGGCGACAACGUGGGUGAGUACGCGGCUCGGGGCUUCGGCCCCGCAGAGAUACUCUGCCCUGGAGGGGCAGUGAGGUGGAGGCCCGCCCUGUCUCUGGGGCUGGCUCGCGACCUCACGGGGCAGCUGACCCAGCUGCCCCGCUGA